AUGUCGAUUAGGCUAGGCGCACUCUCAGACAUUACACAGGCUCGAUAUGUGAUUCAUCUUUCCGAUGGUAAGCGGCUAGUUCUUUUCCGCUUACCCUGCAUUGAGCCCUCCACCACACCAAAAGCCAACGAAACCUCAGAUGGAUGGUCAUAUUAUGCCAUGGAGGCAGAAUGCCCACAUGCGGGAGGCCCCAUGGCCGAAUCUCAGGUUGAUAUUGAAGAUUCUACUUACAUUGUGUCUUGUCCAUGGCAUGCAUAUGACUUCAACGUCGAGACCGGAGAGUCUAGUGUGGGCAUCAAAACGUGCACUUUUCCCAUUGAUAUCCAAGGCGAGGUUGUGACUUUGAGAUACAGUGUAAAGGAGAAUGGAGACGAAGAUGUGGGGUUGAGCAAAAUAGAACCCGUCAGCGAGAAGGUCAUGUUGAAGAAGAAGAAGCAACAGAGGCGCGAAAGGAAGAAGAAAACAAUGGAGCUUCCUUCGACUGCGACCACUACUUCCGCUGCGGCGUCUGAGCUCCUAGAAGAAGAAGAAGAAGAAGAAGAAGAAGGAGAUGAAGGAGGGGGAGAGGAUACCAAAUCUGUACCUCGCUAUCUAGACGAGCACGCCACAUUCUGCGAUUGGGCUGUUCACAUCCUGAACACAGCGGAUCCUGAACACAAAAUCGAACUAACUACCCACCUCUUCUCCCUCUUCACCAAAAACGAAGCUUCCACCUCUCCACUACCUCUGGGGCGAGGAGUUGUGGCACCCCCGGACCAACCACCCCGCCAAAAUAACCUGGCAGAGGUCAACCCCUGGGAAACUCCCAAACCAGGUCGUGGUGGGACGCUCAAAAGCCGUAUUGCUAUGCUACAUUCUCUGGCUAACAUCGAGCUUUGGGCAAUCGAUCUCGCCAUUGACAUAUGCGUGCGAUUCUCCACAUUUCGAACAAACUCAGAACCGCAAAAGGAACUCCCCCGUACUUUCUUCCAUGAUUUCCUCAAAGUCGCUGCGGACGAAGCUAAACACUUUUCCCUGCUGCGUGCGCGCUUGGAGCAAUUGGGCUCACGCUUCGGAGCUCUCCCUGUCCACCACGGCCUCUGGCUCUCCGCCACAGAGACUGCACACGAUAUUCGAGCACGAAUAAGUAUCAUCGCCCUCGUGCAUGAGGCGAGGGGUCUCGACGUGAAUCCCAUGACAAUCCAGAAAUUCCGCAAUGCGGGGGAUAUGGAGAGUGUGGCAACGCUAGAAAUCAUUCAUAACGAUGAGAUCACCCAUGUGACGACUGGGCAUAGGUGGUUAUGUUGGAUCUGUGAGCAAGAAGGGACGGAUGCAGUGCAAGUGUUCCGGGAGAAUGUUACGAGGCAUUUCAGGGGCCCGCUUCGGGGACCAUUUAAUGUGGAGGAUCGGAAGAGGGCCGGGAUGGAUAAAAAAUGGUAUGAGGAUGGGAUUAAUCAUGCUAAUAAUGACGUGAAAGUUACUUCAUAA